UGUGGCUAAUUUCGUGUCGUCCGUUGAAUCUUUUUAAACUUGGUGUAGAUGGUGUCAUUUGCAUUAAGUUGAUUAUUAAAUAAUAAAUCUGUGAAUAUUUAUAUAAGUAUAGUACAUCGCGUUGUCAACUAUAAAAAGGUUAUAAUAUUUAACUAAUUUCGAAAUGGGACGAUACGCUAGAGAACCCGAAGUAGCUGCAAAAUCUUGCAAAGCCAGAGGAUCCAAUUUAAGAGUACAUUUCAAAAAUACAUGUGAAACUGCAAAUGCUAUCAAGAAAAUGCCUCUGAAACGAGCAGUGGCAUAUUUAAAGAAUGUCAUUAACCACAAAGAAUGUGUUCCAUUCAGAAGAUUCAAUGGUGGUGUUGGUAGAUGUGCACAAGCUAAACAAUUUGGUACCACUCAAGGGCGAUGGCCAAAAAAAUCAGCAGAAUUUUUACUACAAAUGUUAAGAAAUGCUGAAAGUAAUGCAGACUAUAGUGGUUUGGAUGUUGAUAGACUAAUUAUAGAACAUAUUCAAGUAAAUCGAGCUGGAUGUUUAAGACGUCGUACUUAUCGUGCUCAUGGCAGAAUAAACCCUUACAUGUCAUCUCCAUGUCACAUUGAAAUGUGGCUAACAGAAGCCGAAAGUACACCAGAAAGCGGGAGUAAAACGAAGAAAGGGAAGAAAACUGCAGAAAGUUCGACGAAACGUUCAAAAGGAGCAAUUGCUGCUCAUUAAAUGUAACUGUUCAUUUAUAUUAAUAAUAAAAUGAAUAAUGUUUAAAAACA